AUGUACAAGAAGAUCGUCGCUCUCUUCGCCCUGCUGGCCUGCGUCUCAGCUGCGCCCGGCUACCUGGCGGCGCCCGCCCUUCACGCGGCGCCGGUCGUCGCGGCGGCACCCGCGGUCGCGGUCGCCCACACCCUCCCGGUCGCCACCAGCUACGCCAACACCUACAAGGUGUCCGUGAAGAGCCCGCUCGUGGCCGCUCCGGUCGCCUACAGCGCCCCGGUUGCCUACAGCGCGCCGAUCCUGAAGGCCGCGCCGGUCGUCGCCGCUGCUCCCGUCGUCGCCCAUGCACCACUCGCCUACGCCGCCCAUGCCCCCGUCCUCGCUCUUCAUUAAAAGGAAGAACCACUCAACACAAUUAACCACCUCUCGCCCGUCUCAGACUAUCAACACGCCACGACAAUGAAGAAAAAUGUCCUUUGUCAUCCAUCCGGACGCGUGACGAUUCAUCAGAACGAUCGACCGAAUCGACUGAACCAUCGAUCAACCAGGCACCCUGACUGAACUUGUACCGGCCU